AUGACAGCGGAAGGAAGUCUAGAGUGGUCCCUCUGCGAGUGUACUGUGACAGAAGACGGGGUUAUCAAGCAGCGUCGUCUUCCACCACAAAUGGAAAAUCUGGCUGAGCGAAUUGCCCUCAAUAGCAGAUAUUACUUGAAGAAUAACAAUCGCUCGGAACCCCUUGUCCCCGAUGAUCUAGCUCCAGAGAUUAUGAGGGACGCUCAGGCGCAGUUGUUAGCGCUUAAUGCACAGGUUGUGGCAGCGCAGCUCACGUUGCAAGACUUCGCAGUUUUCGCUUCUAUAGAGCCCACAGAAUAUAUCGACAAUCUUUUCCAGUUGGAGUCCAGGUAUGGGUCACCUCGGUUAGAGGAGUUCGAACGGAUUUUCAAUCGAGAGAUGUGGUGGGUAGCGACUGAAGUAUGUUCUGAACGACAUAUUCAGAAGCGCGCCAAACUUAUUAAGAAGUUUAUCAAAAUAGCUAGGCAUUGUCGAGAGCUGCGUAAUUUCAAUUCUAUGUUUGCUAUUAUGAGUGGUUUGGACAAGCCGGCUGUGCGAAGGCUACACUCAACUUGGGAGAGAGUUUCUGGGAAGUACAUUCGUAUGCUUGAAGACGUUCAACAGCUUGUUGAUCCGUCACGAAAUAUGUCCAAAUAUCGCCAGCACCUUGCUGAAGUGUCGCAAGAACCACCAGUGGUCCCGAUUUAUCCGGUAAUCCGGAAAGAUUUAACAUUUUCACAUGAAGGGAAUCCCACAUAUUGUGACAAGCUUGUAAACUUUGAAAAGUUACGACUCAUAGCAAAGUCCGUGCGAGCAGUUAGUAAGCUGAGCAGUGCACCAUAUGAAAUAUCUAGCAUGGCUGCGAGGAGUGGAAACCUAAUAAGCGACGCCUUGCUCCACAUGAACACGUUUGAAGGAGGAAACGUUGCGACAAUGAGGAAGGGAGGUCGCGUAGUACAGCCAAGGAAAAAAGUCUAUGAGCAAGCCCUCAUGGUUCGGAAGGUGAAAUCAUACCUGGAUGGGUUGCGAGUUGUGGAUUCGGAGACAGAGUUAGAUCGCCUUAGCUACGACAUUGAACCGCAACCACAAGGCCCACGUGUGCGCCGUGCUCCGAGUCCAUCCCCGUCCUCCCUGUCUUCACAAUCGGCGGAGUCUAAUUCAACAGAUCAACGUCGAUUCAAGGCUGGUGGAAUGUUCGGGGUUGAUUCUCCUCAAGCGGUCCAGAAAAUGCUUGGUUUGGUACAAACUAGCAAGUCUAAAGGUGCCGCUUCUCCAAUGCCUUCCCCGGCAUCCACCGUUUCUUCUAAAGGUUUACAACGGAAUGUUCCUCGUGUAUCUGCUAGACAACAUUCAACUUCAGUCCAACGAACGCCGUCUUUCAAGCAGGAACCUGUUGAUUUGAAUAAGGAGACAAGCUCUGUCACCAGUUUUUACGGAGCCGAUACUUUGACUAGACCACCGUUUCCUGUUUCAUCAAAGCCUCCACACGCUGCCAUAACUGUUGUGCAACCUUCCCGUUACAACAAGAGUACGUUCGAUCGUCCUCCUUAUUCUUUGAAUUUGCAUCCAACUACGGUGAGGAGCUCCUCAGUAUGUACAACAGGCAUAUAUGAUUCUGUUGCUCCUUACUACUCACUGAAAAGGUCCAUGAACCUGCGGAGCAACGCUACGGGCUCUUCAGCAGUGGCAGGAGAGAAGACUGCUAAAAAAGCUUCCAUCGUCGGUGAACAGCAAGCGUCUCAUGUUUAG